GCGUCUCUCAAUCUCUUUCCCCGCCUCCUCCUAUCCCUGGAAUCAGAUCACAUUAGAUCAAACCGAUGACACCAGAAGAGACGGAGGCAGGACUGGCGCGAGUGGGAAGUCUCAAGAAGGAGGGAGAAGGAGAGAAGAGGAGAGCUCAGACGGACCUCUGUCCUCCAGGAAGCCCUCGCUUUGGCUGAGCUCCGCAGGAAAGAACGCCUUCCAGCCAAGUUGCGUUCAAAGGAGCCAAGUCUUCUCUCUCCUCCCUCCCUUCUCUCCCUUUUCCCAUUGUAAAGAGUUUUUUUUUUUCAAUUAUUAAAAAAAGGCGAUUUGAACUUGGGGACUGAACCGGAGGGCAGGCAUUUGGGUCUUGGAGGGGCGGGGUGUCGUGGGGAGACAGCAGAGGGGAGCCCGGCCUCCUCUCUCCCCUUUUCCUUCCUCGGAUCCCCCCUCCUCUUCCUCCUCCGGCAGAUUUGUCACUCAUGGGGGGUGUGAGGCAAGGCAGAGGGGGCUUGGAGGAGUUUGACAGCUCUUUGUUGUCUGUAUAAGAAGAAGGGGAGGGGGAGGAGAGGGGAGGGGGGGGCUGCGGGUGGCAGCUCACGGACGGCGGGCUCCUCCUCCUGAAUUAUCCGAAAUGGGUUGGCUCUCGCCUCCAACAAAUUGGACGGAGCGCCGGAGAGCCACAGUCCCAAAUCCCGACCGAGAGGCAGAAGCUGAUUGCUGGGAGAGCAAAGCGGAGAGGUCGCGGCUUCUUUAAGGCGGAAGGAAAAAAAAAAGAGCCAAGCACCGAAGAGAAGCCUUUUUAUUUAUUUAUUUUUUCUUUGUGUCUUGACCAAAAAAACAUCCCGCCUUUGGGGUGUUGUUGUGCAGUUUUCGGUGCCCUAGCUGCAUUUGCUCCUUUUCUUUUCCUUUGCCCCAUCUUUCGAUCUCUCUCUCUUUUUUCUGUCUCUUUCUUUCUCUUUCCCGUUCAGGGUCCGUGCACUACCCGCUGACCCGUUCCCCUCCUCCGCCCCUUUUUCCUUCCUUCCUUCCUUCCUCCCUCCUUUCCCCUUCUUUCCCGCCCCCCCCCCCCCCUCAGUUGGGUCCCGCGUGGGCCUCUCCCUCGUCUCCCCCUCUUCGGAUGCUGUGAAGCCGGCGGCGGAGACUCUGGGGCCCGUCUAUGGAAAUAGUGGGGUGCCGAGCCGAAGGCAACGCGUGUCCUUUCCGCCCGCCCGCCAUGCUUUUCCACGGCAUCUCCGGGGGCCACAUCCAGGGCAUCAUGGAGGAGAUGGAGCGGCGCUCCAAGACCGAGUCGCGCCUCGCCAAAGCCGGGCAGGUCAACGGACGGGAAGCGAGCAUGCCCCCGCUGAGCCCCGAGAAGCCGGCCUUGUGUGCGGGCUGCGGCGGCAAGAUCUCGGAUCGCUAUUACCUGCUGGCGGUGGACAAGCAGUGGCACCUCCGCUGCCUCAAGUGCUGCGAGUGUAAGCUGGCCCUGGAGUCCGAGCUCACCUGCUUCGCCAAGGACGGCAGCAUCUACUGCAAGGAGGAUUACUACAGGUUCUCGGUGCAGCGCUGUGCCCGCUGCCACCUGGGCAUCUCGGCCUCGGAGAUGGUGAUGCGGGCGCGGGACUCGGUCUACCACCUGAGCUGCUUCACCUGCACCACCUGCCACAAGACGCUGACCACGGGCGACCACUUCGGCAUGAAGGACAGCGUGGUCUACUGCCGGGCCCACUUCGAGAGCCUCCUGCAGCAGCAGGGCGCCGACGCCGCCUUCCCGGCCCCGCCGAUGAGCUACACCGAGCUGGCCGCCAAAGGGGGGCCCGGGGGCCUGGCCCUGCCCUACUUCAACGGCGCCGGCACCGUCCAGAAGGGCCGGCCACGGAAGCGGAAGAGCCCCGCCCUCGGAGUCGACCUCGUGGCUUACAACUCAGGUUGUAACGAGAAUGAUGCAGACCAUCUGGACAGAGACCAGCAGCCUUACCCCCCAUCUCAGAAGACUAAGCGCAUGCGCACUUCAUUUAAACACCACCAGCUCCGUACCAUGAAGUCCUAUUUUGCUAUUAACCACAACCCAGAUGCUAAGGACCUCAAGCAACUUGCCCAGAAGACAGGCUUAACUAAGAGAGUUCUGCAGGUUUGGUUCCAAAACGCACGAGCCAAAUUCAGAAGGAACCUUUUGCGGCAGGAGAAUGGGGGUGUUGAUAAAGCUGAUGGCACGUCGCUUCCGGCACCGCCCUCAGCAGACAGCGGCGCUCUCACUCCACCCGGCACUGCGACCACUUUAACAGACCUGACCAAUCCCACAAUCACUGUAGUGUCAUCAGUGACCUCUAACUUGGACAGCCACGAAUCCGGGAGCCCCUCACAAACUACCUUAACAAAUCUUUUCUAACAAUUGACUUUUAUAUAAAAAAGAGAUAUUCUUCUUCUUUUCUUCUUCUUCUUCUUCCUCUUUUUUUCCAUUAUAUUAUUAUUAAUAAUAUUAUUUGCAAGACUUUUUUUUUUAAAAAAAAGAAACAAACCCACAAAAUCUUUGGGAUAAACCAGCUUGGUGUGUAGUAUCUGCAACCACUUGGCAAAUGAGUUUGCAGUAACAGAAUUCUACAAUAAAGUUACAAUGGGCUUAAGAAUUUUUUAACAUUGCUGCCUAACUAGAGGGAAAGUUUUAUUCUAUAAAGUGCCUCUUAAAAUUGUAUAUUCCUUAUUUCCAGAUUUGUUUGUGGGGUGGGUGGGAUGUUACCAUGGAAAGGCGGAGAAUUGUGUUUUCAUAUAAAGCCACUGAUUGUUAUCCCAAACCAUUGGCACCUUAGACUUAAGGAACAUGUAUUAAGACAGGAAUUUAAGGAAUGUGUUUUAAGAAACUCACAUUGAGCACAGAUGAACAAACUGCUUUAAUAUAUGAGGCUGAAAACUAAACAUGAUCACACUGACAGUUCAGUACCCUAAGCUUCAUUCUGCAAGUCACUUCUACCCCUAAGUACAGUAGAGUCUGACUUAUCCAACAUAAACAGGCCGGCAGAACAUUGGAUAAGCGAAUAUGUUGGAUAAUAAGGAGGGAUUAAGGAAAAGCCUAUUAAACAUCAAAUUAGGUUAUGAUUUUACAAAUUAAGCAUCAAAACAUUAUGUUAUACAACAAAUUUGACAGAAAAAGUAGUUCAAUAUGCAGUAAUGCUAUGUAGUAAUUACUGUAUUUACGAAUUUAGCAGCAAAAUAUCACGAUGUAUUGAAAACAUUGACUACAAAAAUGCGUUGGAUAAUCCAGAAUGUUGGAUAAGCGAGUGUAAGAUAAGUGAGACUCUACUGUACAUGCAAUUCUAAGCACUCUUCUGCCACAUUAUAGGGCUAAUUCUGUCACUAAGUUCAGUGAUAGAUACUUCUGUGUGAAUUAGGUUAGAAACACAGACUUAAAGACUGUCCCAGAUCAUUAAUAGAAGUGCAGCCAGGUACUUCUAUAGUGAAAACAGUGACACCAGAUGUAUAAAGGUAAAGGUUUUCCCCUGACAUUAAGUCCAACUCUGGGGGUUGGUGCUCAUCUCCAUUUCUAAGCCGAAGAGCCGGCGUUGUCCAUAGACGCCUCCAAGGUCAUGUGGCCGGCAUGACUGCGUGGAGCGCCGUUACCUUCCCGCCAAAGUGGUACUUAUUGAUCAACUCACAUUUGCAUGUUUUCAAACUGCUAGGUUGGCAGAAGCUGGGGCUAAUAGCAGGAGCUCAUCCCGUUUCCCGGAUUUGAACUGCUGACCUUUUGGUCAGCAAGUUCAGUAGCUCAGCGGUGUAAUCUGCUGCACCACCGAGGGCACCAGUGACACCAAAUGUAUAGUUGCUUGCAAAUUAGGGUGAUUUCUAUAGCAGUUGAACAUGCACCAGUGUUUUUGCCAUUCUUUAGUUGAUGGCCCUCUAUUUUUGUGACCCAGAACGUACUGGAUUUGCAUUCCCCUGCCUCAUACUUUGAUAGUGGCUGAGUUGGCAUUUCCCAUCAGCAUCAAGCCACAGGACUGAUGUAUCGUUCACAGGAAGCUAUCACAGACCUAAAAUAAUAACCACCACAAAUCUAUAUAUUAAAUUAGGGAUCUCAUCACAUUAAGGCUGAGAUUCGCCAUGCAAUGUCGCGAAUCCGGCGGGGCCCGAUGUGGAUCAUGGGGAACUCAUUGCCCUGUGCCCCAUAUUUCCUGCCUCCCCCCUCAUCCCAUCCUAUGAGAGGAAGUAUCACCACCCAGCUCCCCCCAGUGUUGUAGGAUGGGCAAUUUUAUCUGUCUGAUGAGGUCAUCAGUAGGUGAUUUUUAGAUGAUGAAGUGACAAGCAAUUUUCUAGACUCAAAUUGUUCUUUCCAAAUCCAUAUUUCUGGAAGAAACAUGGUGUAACUCUCUGGUAAAGGAAUUAAUUGUAUCCAUCCACAACUACAGGGAUACUAAAAGUUUUGGAGGUGGGUAUGACUUGCCUGGAGCCUCCAGUGGCUCGGUGUCUUAAACCGCUGAGCUGCUGAACUUGCAGACCGAAAGGUCCCAGGUUCAAAUCCGGGGAGCAGAGUGAGCGCCCACUGUUAGCUCCAGCUUCUGCCAACCUAGCAGUUCGAAAACAUGCAAAUAUGAAUAGAUCAAUAGGUACCGCUCCGGUGGGAAGGUAAUGGCGUUCCAUGCAGUCAUGCCAGCCACAUGACCUUGGAGGUGUCUAUGGACAACGCCGGCUCUUCAGCUUAGAAAUGGAGAUGAGCACCAACCCCCAGAGUCGGACACAACUGGACUUAACAUCAGGGGAAACCUUUACCUUUACCUAUGACUUGCCUACAGAUCAUAUAUAAGGCCUUUGAGGUGAGGGACCAAAUGGGCUGUGCAUUAUCUUGAUGUCAAGUAUCCCAUUUCUUUGGCCUAGGCUUGGGUAACCCAGAUCUAGAAUCAGGGUUUUGAUUUUUUUUUUCAAAAAAAAGUGUCAGAUACUAUGGCCAAUUUCACUGUUUAAAGUAUUAUAUAGAGAGGACUCUAGCCCUAGUUUCUCCAUUUCGUUAUUAAAACAUUUUAAUUUAGUUCCUUAUUUUCUUUCUGUAUAAAAGCGGUAAGAUUUUGAUUAAUCCAAACCAUUAUUUGUUUGUAAUAGCGGUUUGCAUAAUUUUUGUUAGGCUCAAAUAACUAGAUCAAGGACCAGCAAAUGGGAUGGGGUUGGUUCCAAAGGACACCAGUUCUCCCUAUAUUAACAACCUGUUUGAUCUCAGUAGAUAUCUAGUCAAUACAGUACGGGGAUGGCUAUUUGGUACCCCAAGGACAAAAUUUAAUUUUCCCAGGAGCAUUAUUGGCUCUUGUUGUCUCUCACCAAUUCAAAUCAAGAUCUAGGACCUCAUCACACUGAGGUCCAGUUUGCGGGUGCUAGCAGGGGGACUUGCCUUGUAGUGUGGCAAAUCCGACGGGAAGUGUGGGAAUCCGUAGCCCCACAUCACCCCCUUAUUAUCCCACGGGGGGGGGGAGUGUUGCUGCUUGGCAUUCCCUCAUAUUCACCUCAUUCUUUCUAAAUAUAUGCACUAUGUACUCUGGGAAGCAUCCUAGGAUGGUGCCAGGAUGCUGGAAGGAUGGAGCUGUCCUUCUAGCAUCCUUCUAAGAUGCUCAAAAUCUCCAAUGUGAUGAGGUCCCUAGUAGAAACCUUAUUUACAAAUUUGUUUGUAACACAAUUUGUUUUAAAAAAACUCAACUCCUGUGCUUUUAAUGAUCGUGUAGAAGAAGUAAUUCAACAAGAGUUUUGCCUGUUAUAUGGUUUGCAUAGCAAGCAACACUUGCUGAAUUUUUUCUUUUAUACAGCCAUUCAAGAUACAGGAGGCUUUCCUUAUCUACACAGCCAUUAAAGAUACAAGAGCCUUCCAGCAACCCUACAGAUACAGAAUACAGAGCAGUUUCACAUAAAAUGGAAGUUGCCCCUCCUUCUCUCAAACAUCCAUCAAGGCUAGGCACAUGUUCCUCAGAAUAAUCCCUUUCAAAGGAGCAGACAUUUAUUAAUCUUUUUCCAGAGAAAAUCAUUAUAAACAGUGUCAAUGUCUUGUUGGUUUCACUGGGAACACUAAAUCUGCACCCAAUUCUCUCUCCUGAAAAUAAGAGACCUUAUCAAAGACUUUAACUCAUACCCAUUAUGUUUAGAACCAAGGUGCCAGUGAGUAGGAUUUGCAUCUUAUGUAAUGUUUGAGGAUAAUAUUGCUUGGCACCAGGCCUAAGUAUUAUCAACAAUGACUACAGCCCUUAAUAUCCUGUUUCUGGAUCAAUUCCAUUUAAAUGAAGAGAGUUACUUUGAGCUAAGUAGCUUGGAGAUCUCAGCCAAGUCAUUGAAGCCCUUUCAGUUUGGGGGUUAUUGUCCCCCUUCUAUUAAAAUCAUAAUCCUUUAAGUGUGGAAUGCUUUUAAGUUCCAAUCCCCUUCAAUACUGCUAUAUAAUCCAGAUUAUCAAAUCAGAUAAUCCAUAUUAUCUGUUUUGAAUUGGAUUAUCUGAGUCUACACUGCCAGUGGGAUUGGCUAGAGCAUGUCAGGGGGCAGGAGUGGAAUUAAUUAAUUUUUUUGCAAAAUUACAAACACAAUUCUGGCAUGAAAACAUGUGUGUAUGUUAUGAAGACAACUUUUGGUAUUUAAAAUAAUUUUCAGGGAAAGAUGGAAAUAAGAAAAAUAUAAUUUUAAAGACAUUUAAAAGCCAAUUCUAGAAUAUUUUAUCCACCGCUUUCUUGAUCACUCUUCAGAUGUCCUCCCCUGAGAAUGGUUUCAGCUGUUUUUAAUUUAUUAAUAGUAAAAGACACAAUCCAGCAAAUGUGAAGUUUUGACUAUGGCUGCAGCUGUGUGCUUAUCUGCUAGUCAGACCAUUUUCAGUUCAGUAGGGCUUGCUUCCAAAUAAACAUGCAUCAGAAUGGGUUCAAUUAAAAUAAACAAUUGUGAUUGUUAUUUUAUUGUUUUCAGUGGGAUAACGAACAAGAUAAAACUUGUUGAAUAGUCCGCCUUAUCAAUCCUUACUUCAUGUAUUUAUAACAGUGGUUCCCAACCUUUUUUUGACCAGGGACCACUCUCCAACAUUAGUACCAAAGGGUUUCAAAUCAGUUUUUGGUCAACUUUAGAUUUGUUUUUUUUUUAUUUGAGGAGCUGAUUAAGAAAAUUACAUUGGAUAGACCACACAAGCUCUAGUUUCUAAUAUAGAACAUAUGCCAUGAAGUAGUCACCAUCUGUUCGCCCACAGAAAACCAUAUUUAAUAAUCUAGAGCUGAUAAGGUCUAUCCAACGCAAUUUUCUGAAUCAGCACACCAAACGACCCCAGGAGCAGGCCUAAAAAUGAAGACAAUAUCGAAGAGAUAAACAACCACUAUAAAGGUUCAAAACAUGAAAAGAUUCAAAACAUAAAAAGAGAUAUGUAUAUUAGAGCAUCCUGCAAAGGCCACAGAAAUAGUCAGGCCUCUGAGUAUAGAGCUAUAUUCCUUCUAUGUAAAAAGGAUAAGCGAAUGCUAUAAAGUUUCAAAACAUGAGUUGCACUAUGUAAUUCAGAGCACCAUAUACAUACAAUAUUAUCUGAGAGUUAACAACAAUAAUGAAAAUGAUAUAUACAGUCAACUGUUAUAAUCCACAGUGGUAUCUUCCAGACUGUAAUAGUCUCCACUAUUUAAACUUCAAUUGAAUUUGGCAACAAAAAUAAUAAUAUAAACACAUUCAAUCUUUGCAAAAUAAUUUCACAGGUAUUGAAAAGCUUGACCAAAAGUCCUUUUGAUUCUUUGAGAUCCUGUGUUGCUGACAUCAAAUGUAUAGCAUAUCCUUACUUCAUGUCUUUAUAUAUGUACUCUCAAAUGUACACAGACAUAUACAUCGGCCACAGUAGUCAAGAUGCAAAUAAGCUACUUUUGAAUCCUAUUUAAAUCAAAUGCCUUAAUGCAGAAAUCUUGUAGUCUGUUUACUUGGAAGUAAGCCUUAUUGAACUCGGUGGGAUUUAUACUUUAAGUAUAGGAGUCCACUGUAAGAAUGGUAAAUUGGGAGUCCUUUCCAGGGUAUUUUUCUUUUAAAACACACUCGUAUAAAAAGAGAAAACACAUUUAAAGAACACCCUAUGAAACUGGGAGUUUAAAUCUCAAAAUCUCUGAAGCCGACAAACUCAAAAGCCUUGUGGAUGCAUUGCUAAUUUAAAAUACCUUUCCUAGUUUACAUUUACAAGUGUUUGAUUUUUUUAUAUAUAUAUUUAAGCUAAAAGUCUGAAUGGUCUGGGCAGUGGUGAAUGUUCAUUUGUAUCCUUUAUUCUGGUCAAAACGCUAGACACGGGAGACUUUCCGAAAGAAAAAAAAAUCCAUCAAGAUCUUGGUUUGGAUGGAUUGUUGAAAAUGACUUUUGCACAAAUCUUUUGCCCCUCACUUCCCUUUAACCACAUAUUUGGGUUUUUUUUUUGCUUUACAUUUUUUAUCUUUUCAUCUUUGAACGUGACUAUUUGAAUUUUAUUUUUUUCCAGUCUCUCCUAAUGUGUGGAUACAUACUGACAGUUCACUGCCCACAUUAAAGUGCAUUAUUGUAACUUUUGCUCAGGGUUUUUAGAAAAUUAGCACAGAAAAGUAGCUUAUUUUUUAAAAAAAACAAUGGAAGAGAUGUUAACACUGUAAGAGAGGGAAAUGUGUCUUUGUCGUUAUAUAUUUAGCAAGUGUGGUCAUCAUCUUCUACAAUGCUGAAGGCUGCUGACCUAAAGCAUAUUUAGAAGAAAGUAAGUUCAGUUGACAUGAAUGGAAUUUACUUCUGAGUUGCUAUAUUUAGGAUGGAGGUGCCAACCUUGGACUUUUUCCUGUUUCUAUAACCUUAUGGGCAUUUACCACUAACCAGACCAAACAACCUUGGAAAGGCUGAGAUCUUUAUUAAUACACUUUUACAGGUACAAAAAUAUUGAUACUUAUAAAUUUUGUUCUUUGACAGAACAACUAUAUGGUACUAUAGAUCUACUUUAUUAAGUAGACUAAUUAUAACUCAGUUCUACAAUGUGCCUUAUGCUAUAACUUUGGAGUAAGCUUGUGGGAAAAAAAUCAGGAUAUAUAUGUGUUGUUUGUUAAAUUAACUGUUUUAAGCCCUUUUGACACCUCACUAGUUUUGUACUGUUUUACCUCUUAUUUCUGAAACUCUUUUUAUGGUGUAUCCUGGUAGAGGGGACAAACAUGUCAUAGAAAGCAGUUGUGCACUCUUUCGGAUAUAGUUGAUAAAUUCAAUAAUCUUAUAUAUUGAGCUUCGUGUUUCUAGUACAGUUAAGUGGUCUAGCAAACUUGUCCAUGUUUCUUUGUUUUAUUGAGAAAUGCAUUGUAUAGAAACUAUUUCCCCUAAAUAUUUAUGGACCAAACAAUUGUGAUAUAUCCUAUUAAAUUUGUGUGAAUAAACCAUUUUGAAUUGGAA